UUUAACACCCGCGCCGGGCGGACGGUCCUCGCUGCAGCGGAGCUUCUGGCUCUAAUGAGACAUCUGGGGAACGGGCCCGGGCAGUCCUGGGUCUUCAGGUUAUUCAUGAAGCAUGACUUGUGUCGAGCAAGACAGGCUGGGUCAGGCGUUUGAGGAUGCUUUCGAGAUCCUGAGGCAGCACUCGGCAGCGGAUCUCCAGUCCUUCCCAGAUUACAAGAGCUGCCUGGCGCUGCUGAACCACUGGCCCCCGCUGAGAGCCGGCCCGGGUGUGCUGUCCGCGGAGGAGCCUGUCUCCCUCUCCGGUUGGCGAUCUGUCCUUAACAGUGCUUCAGACUUCUAUUACCUUGAAGGAAAUAUUCACCCGUCUCUGCAGAGCACAGCUGGAAAUCAGUUGGUCCCACCUGCACUGUCCCAGCCCAAGGGAGCAAAAGGCCGGAGGAAGCCGCGGCUGUUCGAGUACCUGCACGAGUCACUGUGUGACCCCGAGAUGGCCUCGUGUAUCCAGUGGGUGGACCGGGCCCGGGGCGUCUUCCAGUUCGUGUCCAAGAACAAGGAGCGGCUGGCAGAGCUGUGGGGCCGCAGGAAGGGCAACCGGAAGCCCAUGACCUACCAGAAGAUGGCCCGGGCCCUGCGCAACUACGGCCGCACUGGGGAGGUGACCAAGGUCCGCAGGAAGCUGACCUACCAGUUCAGCGAGGCCACCCUGCAGCGCCUGGCACCCAGCCGCCCGCUGGGCAAGGAGGGCCUGUCCGCCCCAGCCACGCAGCCUCUGCCCGAGCACCCGGCCCUCAGCAGCUGGAGCACAGGCCUCGGCCACCUGUAUGCCGGCCACCACGGUCUGGGCCACCAUGACUACCAGGAUGCCCACCCGGCCCCGCCUCGGGGCUGGCUGAGCCACUAAGCUGCCCAGAUGA